AUGUCGAGCCUUAUCGAUAAGCUACGCAUCCAGGAAGUCCUGGAUAUCUCGGAGAGUCUAAUCAGUCGACUGCCAGGACUCCUUCAAAGGGUGCUUCGAUCACCUGUGGCACAGAAAGGCUUUAUCGCUUGGAUAGUCUGGCGCGUUCUCAAAAGUGCCAGCAACAGAUAUUCGCAGCUCAAAGUCAAUAACUUCACUCUGCAAAAGCCUUGGGACCCAACACGGGAGUUGGUCGUUCUAACUGGGGGAAGUAGUGGUAUCGGCUACUGUAUAGCUCAAGAUCUGGUGGCGAUAGGACUGCGGGUGGCGAUUCUCGAUAUCCAGGAGCCGUUGAGAGGACUGCCGACAAAUGCCUACUUCUACCGGGUCGAUCUCACCUCAAGCGCGGAUGUCAAGAAGGCCGCAGGACUGAUCCGGAAAGACCACGGCCAACCAACGAUCCUUGUAAAUAACGCCGGCGUGGGUCACGGCGGAACCCUUCUCAAAGACCCAGAGGAAAACAUCACCCAGACCUUUGAGGUUAACACCAUAUCCCAUUUCUGGACCGUGAAAGAAUUCCUUCCCAACAUGAUUCUGGAAAACCAUGGGCAUAUUGUGACGGUGGCCAGCAUGGCGAGCUUUGCCGCCAUGGCAGGAGCCGUGGACUACUGCUGCAGCAAAGCAGCAGCACUGGCUUUUCAUGAAGGAUUGGCACAAGAGAUUCGGCAUUACUACAAAGCACCGCGGGUGCGUACGAGCAUCAUCCACUCCUUCUGGGUCCAGACUCCAAUGGUACAGGAACUUGUCAAUAAAGGCGCGCUGGUCGGUAAAAAGAUCCUCAAGCCAGAGCAUGUCUCGCGAGCCGUUGUCAAGCAGAUCCGCUCGCAGUGUAGUGGCCAGGUGGUGGUUCCAUCUACCCUCUCUAGAGCCUCUGCGCUUCGAUCAUAUCCAGCAUGGCUACAGGAAUUCUUCAGAGACAGAACUUCCAAGGAAUUUGUUGCGUUUGGCAGCAAUCCUGACUUUGUUUCUCUCCGAGAGUCGGUUUCCAACAGCCACUAA